CCCCUGUCUACGGGCAUGUUCACUCAGUCACUUGUUAUAAUGUGAACCCCAUAGUCUUAUUGGGAAUAACACACAUAGAAACAGCAUUUUUGAAUAUGAAGGUUUGUGGCCUAAGAAGUGAAAAAAAGAAAAAGAAAAGAUUAAAGUAAUAAUAUGCAAAACAUAAAAAAAAGGGUCAGUUUCAGUUCAGAUGCUUAAAAACACUGCUCACUAUGACUCACUGUCUGAUAAUCAAGAAAAAUAAUAAAACUACAUACCUUCCAACACCAGAGUGAUUUUAUAUACAGCAUUUGCAUUUGUUCACAUGCGGUUCGACAAAAUGACACUUGUUUAGGUAAUGGUGGUGGAUAUUAUUAACAAAUACCGAUGUUGUUAUAGGAGCUAUAGUUAUGGUUUAGUUAUUACAGUUCUAACACUAAGUGACGGGUUGAAUAGAUAUAACAUCAUGACAGGAACACUAAUAUUUCAUUUAUCAUAAUUCUUUAUGUUUGACAUCGAUUAUUCAUCAUUUAAAGCUCGAUCAUUUUACACAUAACAGUACGUAGAAUUAUCAGCUCACAUCUAACCACAAAUGUAAUAAAGUGGGAAAAUGUGUUCAGAGUUAAAAAGAAGUUCAAACACUGUGUGCCUGAAUAACAUAAGUAUUCUAGACACAAGUGGUAUGUGCUUCAAGCAGUCAGGGUUAUGAAAUCAAAACAGACAGAAACACACCCUGAUUAUUUCUGUAUGUUGUGGUGUAAAAACAUAAACAUUAAAAAUUCAUCAUUAAGUUAGAAUUUCUUCCUUUGUAAGGGAAAUAGAGGUAGACAGACAGACAGAGAGAGAGAGAGACACACACACAGAGAACGAGAGAGAGACAGACAGAGAGAGAGAGAAAGAGAGACAUACAGACAGAUAGACAGACAGACAGAGACAAGCAGUGAGACAAAGACAGCAAGAAACCAAGAGCGCCGUGGUCUAUGAGAACGACAGAUAAAAAAGGGAGAGAAAGGAAGAAAAACAGAAUAAUUUCAAAAGUGUGAGAGGCUGAUAAAACUGAUAGAAAGGCUGAGUGAAAUACCCUGAGGGAUAGACAGAUGUAUUUAAAAUAGUUCAGAGACCUAAGAGAUAGAAAGAGAAAAUGAAGGAGAGAUAGACAGAGAGAUGGACAGAGAUAGAUUGAUUAGGGGAAAAAAGGUGAUAAAAGUACUGAAAGUCAGCGUGUGAAAGAGACUGGAAAAGUGAAGGGGGGGAAGCAAUGAGGCAAAGACAUAAAAAGAGAUAGAUGGGAAGAAAAACAAUGUCGAUGAAAACUGAUACAAACUGAUCGAAAGGCUGAGUGAUAGACAGAUGUAUUUAAAUUGGUUGAGAGAAACCUAAGAAAUAGAAAGAGAAAAUGAAGAAGAAAGAGAGAGAGACAGACAGACCAGAGAUUAGGGGAAAAGGGUGAAAAAAGGACUAAGAGAGUGUGUGAAAGUGGAGACUGAGAUGGUGAAAGAGAGAGACAGGCCAGAGAUUGGGGGAAAAAGGUGAGAAAAGGACUGACAGACAGUGUGUGAAAGAGAGAGAGAGAGAGAGAGAGAGAGAGAGAGAGAGAGAGAGAUGAGCCUGUUAUUAGUGUUUCUUUUUAACUGUAGGAGACACAGGGAGCUGUAGAUGUUGCUGUGCUCCAAUGCAUUUGAAAGGUUAGUGAACAGCGACCCCUGGUGGGCUUGGAUUUCGGUUGCAUAUCCCUAGUUAUUUUGUCAUAGAAAUUCGAAUUAGGCUCUCAAGAAAACAAAGUUAAUGAUUCCUUACGAUUACGAUUGAUCAUUUAUUAAACACUGGGCUUUAUCAUAUUGGUUUUUGUCGCCGUUUUAUAGAUAAACAGCAAUCCUAUUCAUAACAUAGCACCAUUAUUAUGCCAUAAUGUCACUAUAACGCAUGGCCUCUCGUGGCUUAUUGCACCGCAUUACCUGUCACGAUUAAAACUUUUCACCGUGUUUCACCGUUAUUCAGUGUUAUGAGCUGUAAAGUGUGGCCUCAGCCUCAGCCCGCUGUCUGCCGCCGGAAAGGCGGAACCGGGUUUCCAGCUAACGGCUCGUCUCGCGCCCUGACACGCAAUUGGGCGGAUAAGCGCGACUCGAGCGCGUGUGGGCUGUUUUACCAUUUCAAACUGCACGCGGGCGGGAUUUUCUGUUUGCUCAAUUCGUGAUGAGAUCCUUCCCCCUGCUGCGACUGUCGGGAUCCUGAAGCAGCGUGAAGACUCGUUACUGUAGGUCACAAUUUGCAUGUGAGAAAAGCCUUUCCUAUGGGGAACCACGAGUCAUCAUCCCUGUUUCCCCAGCAGCUGAUCUCCUCAAACCGAGCGUGUAGAGCUGAAUCCCAGACCUCCAUCCCAGUAGAUGCAAACCUACAGCACCGCCCUGUGGCUAGCCGCCAGUAUUACAUUCUUCCUCAUGGCACAGUGGAGAGGCGAUCGUCCGGGUUGGCUGUUAAUCUGGAGUCUCCACGCUUCCACCCGCACACCAAGGGCAAGAACAUCCGUCUGGAUGCGCAGCUGCGGCGUGCCACGCGCAAGAACAGCUUCUGCCAUGGCCUGACGUUCAGCCAGCGGCCCAUCCGUCUGUACGAGCAGGUACGCUUGCGCUUGUCGGGUGUGCACUCAGGCUGGAGCGGUGCACUACGCUUUGGCUUCACCAGCCUAGACCCGAGCGAGCUUGCCUCAUCUGACAUCCCCAAAUACGCCUGUCCGGACCUGGUGGCACGGCCUGGCUACUGGGCCAAGGCUCUGCCCGAGAGACUGGCGGCGAGGGACAACGUACUGGCUUUCUGGGCCGACCGGCACGGCCGUGUCUUCUACACAGUGAACGAUGGCGAGCCUGUACUGUUCCACUGCGGCCUGAGUGCUGCGCGUCCACUCUGGGCCAUCAUAGACAUCUACGGCAUCACACAGGAAGUCACACUGCUUGAAAGCACAUUUGCUGACAGUACAAGCUGCCUGAGCGUGACGCGUCUCAGUGCCUACCUGCCUCCAAGCAACCAUGACUCAGCCAACUAUAGCAACAACCAGUUAGAGAGCAACCAGGCUGCCAAGAUGGCUGCCUUGCACCUCAGCAGCUCAACACAGCUGAGCCCUUGCUGCUCCUCCUCUUCGUCCUCAUCCCCUUUCGGUGUCCAAAGGUUAUCCCGUGGCCUUCCCUCUACACUUGAUGCUGACCUGCGCUUUCACCCGGUGCGUGGCGCCGAUGUGCUCCUGUCCAGCGACCGUGCUAUGACCUGCGUCCACUCCCCAGACGGCAUUCGAACUUUGGUGUUCAGUGACAGGCCCAUGAGGCUAGGUGAGACUCUGUUUGUGGAGGUGAGUCACAUGGGCCCACCUUGCCUUGGCAUGCUCCUUUUUGGCAUGACUUCGUGCGACCCAGGCACAUUGCAUGCUGCAGAGUUGCCUGCUGAGCCUGACGCUCUCCUCGAUCGUAAGGAGUACUGGGUGGUUCACCGUGGACUCCCUGCUCCUGCACCUGGCGACGUGCUCAGCUUCAUGCUUCUGCCUAAUGGAGAAGUGCAUCAUGGGAUUAACGGGGUAGCGCGCGGACGUUUGCUGUGUGUCGACUCCUCUCAGGCUCUGUGGACCUUCUUCGCUCUGCGUGGGGCCAUCAACCGACUCAGGAUAUUAGGAACACUGCAGGCAAGUCCGUCCACCUCCCCCUCUGUAUCCCAUGGCACAGCGUCUGAUGACAGCGACUCUGACCUGACUUUUAGUGUCAAUAGAUCCUCAUCUGCCUCUGAGUCCUCGCUGGUGACAGCCCCCAGCUCUCCUCUCAGUCCCCCCGUCUCGCCCAGCCUCCCCUUUCCAGAGACGCCAUUGAGCAGCAAGAGCGGCGAAUGCACCGUGUGCUUCGAUCAGGAGGUGGACACUGUCAUUUACACGUGCGGACACAUGUGUCUCUGCCAUGAGUGUGGACUUAAGCUAAAGAAACAGAUCAACGCUUGCUGCCCAAUCUGCCGCAGACCCAUCAAGGAUGUGAUCAAAACGUACAGGCCAUGAGAAGACAAGACACAGAACUGAACAAGUAGCUGAGAACCAGCUUUCUAUUCUGAACCAAGUUUGAAUUUCAGGAAUGUUCUGUAGCUUUGACUCCUGUAGCGUAACCUCACUGUCUGUCCCCAACCCUGAUCAUAAAAUCCCCAUCCCACCUCCAGACAAAGUCCAGGGGCAACCGAACGAUUUUUGUUUGUUUGUGUGCGUGUGUGUGUGUUGGGGGGGUACACGAGGUUUGUCUGAUGCUUGCUCAGACAUUUUAGUGCCUUUGACAUUUGUCUCAAAAGCAUCGCCUACCAACCUGACAAUCAUAUUUGAUAGAGAUAUACAGAAUAUAUGACUUUUAUCAGAGGGACACUGAGAGGUUUGUUUAAGCAAUGGAACUAACAGAUGUAAACAGAUAAAAAUUUAUAAUUAUUUUGGUUUGAUAUUUUAAAAGUAAAUAUAUGUGUUUCCAAUUGUGUAAAACGGAUCAAAUAAAUCAAUUCGUAUGUAUAGUGAAUGAUGAGAGGACAUUUAUUUCACAGACAGCAACUGAAAGCAUUUCUUUGUAAAUA